AUGACAUCUGUCCUGCGCCUGGGAAGCAAGGACCGUUCGUCCUUCUCGUUCUUCAAGCGACAGAGCUCCGAUAAUACAUCGGAUCUUUCUUCCGAUAAUCUUGCCCACCGCCUCCCCGACAUUUCACAUGUCGACACUCGGUCCUUCGCGGAACUAUUUGACGAGUUCAUGAACAAAGAUAUCAACGACGUACCCCAGCCACAGGUACAAAGCCAGCCGACACGACCCUCCAAGUUGGUGAAGAGCAUCGAGUCGAAUACCCCGGCCCAACCCACCGUGGCCAGAAAACCUUUUGAGACCAAAGUCGACUUCUUAAAAGUCAGCAUCACCAGGAAUGAUUCCACAGCGUCAUCCUGCUACUCUCAACCAAGCCAACGGGAUAGCGACAGCUCACCCUUGGUCACGAGGCAGUCUUCCAGCUCAAGCUACACCCAGGAGCCGUCAUCCGCAAUUCAGAGAACCCUUUCGGUGAAGCCCAAGCCCAUAUUGAUCCCCAAGCGACCGACACACGGACUUCUGGGCAAUUUUACAGAAUCUCCUGUAAGCGCCCAGCCUUCCCCGUCCAGGGCCAAUUCCUCUCUACUGAGGGUCGUGUCGGGGCCACCAAACCUGGACAAACCACUACCCCCUGGUCCAAUCGACACAAAAAAGGCUUCCACUUCGGCCCCGGAUCUCCUUCUACUUCAACCGCCGGCGGAGCUUCCGUCUGCUUUCCCGAUUUCAACCGUACAUUCCUCUACCAAAGUACAGCGCACGAACUCUCAACCAGCCAUGAUGGUCUCCCCGAGACGGGGCUCUGAUGGCGGUGCCGUAUCAGAACUGCCGACCUGGUCGUCCCGAUCAAAACGCGAAGCUUCGUCGGAGACGACUGCCACACUUGGACAUCACAGGAACCGCUCGGCAUCUGAUACGGAGGUACCACACCCCGGGCGUUCUCUGAACCAGAUGUCCAGACGGCACACGGUUGAUAUGCAGAAGCUUGCCUUGAGUGCCACCGCGUCCUCUCGUCCGACUCAAGCAGCCCGAAAGCCGAACCGACGUCCCAUCACUGCUGCCACUGCAGAGCGUGUCAUCUACAGAAUCAUGUGUAGCUUGCACAGCGCCCGAGACCUUCAGGCCACUGCCAUGAUCAGUAAAGGGUUUUUGCGGACUUUCCAGCGCAAUGAAUCCAAGCUCGUAAGCCAUCUCAUUUUCAAGACGUCUCGAGCUGCUUGGGAGCUCCGACGGAGCAUUCUGGCCUUGAAAGGAUCGAAUGACUUUCUCCUGAAGGACUAUCGCCGUGACUGCCGUACGCUUGACGCGCUCAAGGCGUUUAUUGUCGCCCAUUGCAGUUCGAGUUGUAAACAGAGCACGCUCGUGGGUCUCCUUGGUCAAGAUGACAACAGAAAAUCUCAGGUUGACGAUGCGUUAUGGCGGAUUUGGACUUUCUGCACUCUAUUUGGAAACACAGUUGGUCAAUCUACGCCUGUGCAGACGGAAAUCGACUGGCUUAACGGCAGCAGAGCGGCCACCAACAAGCAGCUGGGUGCCGGUUUCGCUAUUGGUAACGGGAAAGGUCUUACGACUCACGAACUCGAAGAUAUCAACGAGAUGUGGCAGUGUUUGCAGAUCCUUAUGUCGGGUUUCCAUGGCCGAGAACAAGAAGCCAAGCGAUAUGGAGUCUUUGACAAUUGGCACCUGCGAGAUACGACUUCCGAAUCUCAGCAUCUCAUGGAGUGGACCUCAUACCUACUCGCCCUUGGACCACAAACCGUUCUUUCGUUGUCGAGCUGCUCGUUUGAACAAGCGAAAAUGCUUGGUUUGACAAAUUGGCCAGUCCCACAGGCAGGUCAGAGUCGAUCUUCAUUCUUAACCACAGCAAUUGCACAGGUCUACCAAGACAGGGUGCUGGAAGAUGUCACCCGGAGGGCAGCACGAAUGUCGAUGCGACACAUGCCAGGACAAAACUCAAUCCCUCGAGGCCCGGUCCAUCGGCCAACCAGAUCACUCGACGAACAAAUGAUCAACGUGCCCACCGCACGCGCCACUAUUCAGUCGCAGUCUCUGCGAAUCGAUACCUCUAGCAUGAAGAGGAGACCGAUCUCCACAAACGCUCUUGCAGGGGUUCGAUUGGAAAUACGCCCGGACUGCGAUCCUGCCAAUGCUUGUCAAGAGAUCCGACCUGAUUGUGAUCCUCUUUCCAGGACAAACCGGGCUUCCCAACUACUUGCGACCUCCCCCACCGUUGAUCCGACCGUCUAUUAUUCGCUGUCGAUGACUUCGACGGCAAGCACCAAGCUUGGGGCUACUUUAUUUCCCAUGGACUAUGCCAGUCCUGCACCUCGAGUUCCUUUCCGAGCUCCUGAGCCGCAUGCCGCCUCGGCUUCCGGCAUUGUAGAUCCAGUCGACAAAGCAAUGGACAUCUUAGUACGUGAACGGGGGUUUGCUGAAACCAGAGCGAGGAAGGCCCUUGCUAUGUGCGAGUCAGGGUCCGGAAUUGACUUGCAGAAGGCGAUCGAGUUGUUGACUGUCGAUUCAAAGGAUGCGCAAAAAGGGAACCGUCUGCCGGUCGAGUUGCCUACACCGGCCAGUGUGGCCAGCUCCAACAAGCUGAAGAAACCCCAGCCGCCAAAGGCUUACUGUGACGGCCAUUGCAAGCGAACGCCUACCUUCUCACAUUCCCGGAACAAAUCUACGGGUACAACGGGCACUGCUACGGAUGCCUCUCUCAGUCCAGUCUCGGCGCUUGGCGAAGAGGAGUGGCAGGACACAAUCUCGCCUCUUCUUACUACGCCAGCGUUAGCUCCUCGAUCCAAAGCCCCUGUGACCCGGGGGCCAAGCAAGGCCAAAGCAUGGAAAGUAUUGGGGAUGGACAGUCUGCCUAAACGGAAGAAUUCGAUUCUUCAAAUCGACGAGUAUCAAGCGAAAGUGGAAAGACGAAAGAGCAUGCGCACGAACACCAAUGGAGGACAGCAAAGUCUGAAGAUCAAAGAGGGACUGAGCAGGAACUUGCUCGGUUUGGGACUUGGUAUCGGUAGUGGUGCCGGAGCAAAAUCUGCAGAGGCACAACUUGAGCGUGCCCGCGAGGAAGAGAGGCGGAAGAAGGAGAAAAACCGUACGAGCUGCAUCCCCAGGCACGCCUAA